AUGGCCUCGGAAGCAGCCUCGCAAAUCUCUGUCGGUGCCCUCAGUGCCAUCUUCGAUGAAACAAAACCUCAAAUCCCGGAGCCUAUCGUUCAAUGCGUUCAGAUCAAGCCUUUGCCUCCUCAGCAGAAUCAUGCAGAACGGAUUCUUAUCAUCCUUGACCUUGAAGUUCUGCAGGAUCUUGGGGAAGCCGAGAAAAUCGGAGAACCCAAGCCCCUAGAAAGCAAAUUAGAAGAAGAGGACAAGCCCCAACCAACGACAAUCUCCAGCCAUGGCUUUUAUGGCUCGAGCACUCACAGUGCCCAAACGCAAGGUAAUGACCAUACACCACUGACACGACCAUCCGUUGCCCCGGGACAUGCCACGAUAUAUCCGAUCGAAGCAAUUUCCCCAUAUGCGCAUAAGUGGACCAUCAAAGCCCGUUGCACUAGCAAGUCGACCAUCAAAACUUGGCACAACAGGAAUGGCGAGGGUAAACUUUUUAGCGUCAACUUAUUGGACGACAGUGGGGAGAUCCGUGCAACUGGAUUCAACGAUCAGUGUGAUAUGCUUUACAAUAUCUUCCAGGAGGGUAGCGUCUACUACAUAUCUAGUCCAUGCCGUGUUCAGAUCGCUAAGAAGCAAUUUACAAACCUGAACAACGACUAUGAACUCACUUUUGAAAGGGACACAAUUGUCGAAAAGGCAGAAGAUCAAAGUGACGUUCCACAAGUCAGGUUUAAUUUUACUAUCAUAGGUGAUCUUCAAUCUGUUGAAAAGGAUAGCACCAUUGAUGUGAUCGGAGUGCUGAAAGAAGUUGGGGAGACUUCCCAGAUUGUGUCAAAGACCACAAACAAGCCGUAUAACAAACGUGAACUUACCUUGGUCGAUAACACAGGCUUUUCUGUUCGCUUGACAGUCUGGGGCUCAACAGCCAUGAACUUCGAUGUUGCUCCUGAAUCUGUCGUGGCGUUCAAGGGCGUCAAAGUCUCAGAUUUUGGCGGUAGAAGUCUGAGCUUGUUGAGUUCAGGCUUAAUGACGGUCGACCCGGACAUUGAGGAGGCCCAUAAGCUGAAGGGGUGGUACGAUGCCCAGGGCAGAGCUGGAGCCUUUACUUCACACGCUUCUAUGCUCGGUGCAUCCACAUCUACGGCAAAACCCGAACAGUUUAAAACUGUUGCACAAGUUCGCGAAGAGCAGCUGGGCAUGUCGGAUGAUGCAGUUUAUUUCUCACUCAAGGCAACGGUGAUCUACAUCAAGCAAGAUAGCAUGAGCUACCCAGCCUGUCUUUCGGAGGGAUGCAACAAAAAAGUGACAGAGCUUGAUCCCGGUCAGUGGCGCUGCGAGCGCUGCGAUAAGACAUACCCAAAGCCCGAGUAUCGCUAUAUAAUGCUUAUCAAUGUCAGCGACCAUACCGGCCAUCUCUGGCUCAAUUGCUUUGACGAGGUAGGGAGGUCGAUGAUGGGUGUUCCCGCGGAUCAUUUGAUGCAAUUGCGCCAAGAUGAGAACGAAAAGACGAUUGGAGAUAUUUUCCAAGAUGCAAAUUGUAGAACUUGGAAUUUCAGAUGCAGGGCGAAGAUUGAUUAUUUUGGUGAUCAGCAGCGCAUCCGCUACCAAGUAUCUUCUGCAAAACCCAUCAACUACUCGGAGGAAGCCUCUCGCCUCGCCCAUAUGAUUGAGAGCUACGGCAUCUGA